AAAAAAUAAAUUAAUUUUUGGUUUAAAAAUCUAGUGGUAAAGAUUUUGUAAAUAAAACCCUUGUUACAAACUUGGUUGUAACAAAUUGGUGCCACGACGAAUAAAAAAUCAGGGCUAUAAAAAUAAAAAUUUUUUUUGGGAUAAAAAAUAAUUUUAGUUAAAAAGUAAAUUUUGGGCUAAAUUUUUUUAGCAAAACUGGAAAAUAUUCAAGAAAAAUUGGACAAGGUUACAAUUUGUUCGUCCAGACCACCAAACGAAAAUUUAAAUCUGGAAAGAAAAAUUGAUAAUAAAUUCCGACAACAAAGCGCUCAACAGCGCAAUUUCUUUACUAAAAACUAUAGAAAUCAAGGAACGUCUCAAAGUCGUCAAAAGCCCCAUAAAGAAUCUGCGCCUGUAAUCGUAAAAGUCGUCAAUUCAAACGCCGAUAAUCAAAUACCUCGUGGUUAUCAGCCGUUUGUUCCAAAUAAUUAUUUUCAAUUUCCUAAUUUUAAUACUCGAUUUCCACCAGCUUUUCCACACCCAACUUUUCAAUACCCAGCAUUUCCUCCGUUUAAUCCAUACGGAGUACAACAACAACCGAUUUACCGACCUAGAAUUGGUAUUGCUCAAAACCGCUGGGCACAACAACAGCGACGACCUAAUAAUUUUGUAAGGCCUAGAACUCGUCGAUUCAUUCAAAUUGGUCAUGGCGGGCGUCCUGCAAACCGGGAUAGGCGUUAUUCGAGAUCGCCUCGUGCGACAUCUGGAAGUGGUUCGUCGUCAAGAUUUUACGGCAGACGAAGGGAAUAAUAAAAGAAAGGACGAUUUCUAAUGAUGAGAGAAAUAAAAAGAAUGAAUUUAAUUUAAAGAAAGGAAAAAAUAUUUUACAAAUAAAAGAAUGUUCUGAAAAUGUUGACAAUACUUCAUCGGAUGUGUUAAUUAAUUGUUUACAUAAAAAUUUAAAAAAUAAAUCUUUUGAAACAAUUUUGCCAAUAAAAAAUGCAAAAAUUGCUAACCCAAAAA